CGCCAGAAAUUACGUGAAAUUAUUCUACAGCAACAGCAGCAGAAGAAGAAUGCGGUUCGUCAGGAAAAAGCCUUGCAGGAUGCAGCAACUCCUAGCCAUGCUGCUCCUCUUCAGCAUUGGCAGCAAGACAACUUAAAUCAAAUUUUUAACCGCCCUCCUCCUCCGUAUCCUGGGAAUAUUAGGUCCUCCAUGGUCCCUCCGGGUGGGCCAAGGUUCACCGUAUACCCAAAAGACCAACGUGGACCAUUUCCUGGUGAUGGGCAGUUCAAUAGACCCCAGUUUCCAGGUGAUAUGAGUGCCAUGGGGAUGAGACCUCACGGUCUUAGAUACGGGUUUCCAGGAGGUGGCCAUGGUCCACCAUCAGGUCAAGAACGUUUCCUUGGUCCUCAGCAGCCAAUGCAACGCCCUGGAGUUCCACCACAGCUGAGAAGAUCUCUGUCUAUUGAUAUGCCUCGGCCAGUGAACAAUCCGCAGAUAAAUAAUGCAUCUGGGAUCUCUCAACAUUUUCCUCCACAGGGAAUUCCAGUUCAGCAGCACAAUAUAUUGGGUCAGGCAUUCAUCGAGUUACGUCACAGAGCUCCUGACGGGAGGCCAAGGCUGCCUUUUAAUCCUUCUGCUCCAAAUGUUAUGGAUGCAGCAGCACAACAUCAACGACAUGCAGGGUUUAUACCCAGGCAGGAGUUUCCGGGCCCAAGACAGGCAGAACCACUGAGACAUAAUUCUCAAGGUAUACCUAACCAGUUGCAGAUGUCUGCAAGUUUGGAGCAUAUGUCUCAAUCCCAGCAGGAUCAAAUCAAUCCUGACAACCCACCUGCACUUGUAAUACGUUCUCUAAGUCAUCCACCUGUUGCUGAUGCAUUCCCAGGACCAUCGUUGUCUACAUCUGCACCAAGUGAUGAAUCUGCAAAUUUACAGAUUGCCAGCCAGCCAAGUGAUGGUCUAGAAGAAAAGCUUGAUCCUGAUGAUCCUGCUGUGAAAGACUUGGAUGUGAAAGACCUUGAUGGAGUUGAAGUCAAGGAUUUAGAUGAUGAGGAUCUGGAAAAUUUGAAUCUAGACACAGAAGAUGGGAAAGGAGAUGAACUGGACACUCUAGAUAAUUUGGAAACCAAUGAUCCUCACCUUGAUGAUCUUCUGAGAUCCGGGGAAUUUGAUAUAAUUGCAUACACAGACCCAGACCUUGAUGUGGGGGAUAAGAAAGGAAUGUUUAAUGAAGAACUAGACCUUAGUGUCCCCAUCGAUGACAAACUAGAUAUCCAGAGCAAGACAGAAGAACCAAAACAGAAAGAACAAGGUGUUAGAACCGUUUCUCCUCCUAAGACCCAGUCUCCACAGAAGAAAUCUGCUACCGAAAAUGAAAUUAAAACAGAAGUACUUUCCCCAAACAUUCAGGAGGAAAAGAAGAAUGAAAAUGAAAAAAGUGAUGGAAAUGCUGAAUCCAUGAGUACUCAACAGGCUGCUGAAGUGGAGUUAAAGGAUGGAGAAAAGGCUCCGGCGCAGCCUGCUAACCCAGAAUUCCCUGACAAAACCACUGCUGUUCCUAGUCAAGAAACAACUGUGCCUAGUCCAGAUGCUCAGGGAUCUGCUCCCCUGCCUGUUCAAGGAGCAGUAAGUUCCUGCAGUAUUUCUGGGUCCACGCCAGUCCUCUCAAGCUUGCUAGCUAAUGAAAGCUCAGAUAAUGCUGAAGCAAGGACUCUAGGCUCUCCAUCUCAGUCUUUGCCAACGACACAAAUGAACCAUACAACAGGUAUUCCACAAACACUAAUGACACCUGGUGGACAGAUCUUGGAAAACACUUUAAAUUCAAAUUUAGCCAUGGUUCCACGAAUGAACCAUAAUUUUUCUCAAGGGUCACCAAAUCCAGGAUUUAUUCAGAGUCAGUCAUCUAAUCAUAAUUUUGGGACAGGACAGACAUCUAAUCAAACUGUGGCUGUAACAAACCGUCCUGGUCCUAGUGGCAUAUCUGGCCCCCAACAGAUAAUGCUCCCUCAACCUUUAGCUCAACAACAAAAUCGAGAGAGACCACUUCUGCUAGAGGAACAGCCGCUUCUUCUGCAGGACCUUUUGGAUCAAGAAAGACAGGAGCAGCAGCAGCAACGACAGAUGCAAGCCAUGAUUCGCCAACGUUCGGAGCCAUUUUUCCCCAAUAUUGAUUUUGAUGCAAUUACUGAUCCUAUAAUGAAAGCAAAAAUGGUAGCUCUUAAGGGGAUCAAUAAAGUCAUGGCGCAGAGUAACAUGGGGAUGCCACCAAUGGUUAUGAACAGGUUUCCCUUUAUGGGUCAGCCAGUGCCAGGGGCUCAGGCCAGUGAAGGCCAAAAUCAUAUGCAGCAGGUAAUUACACAGGACGGAAGUUUGACACCUCAGAUUUCUAGACCUAAUCCUCCCAAUUUCGGUCCUGGUUUUGUCAAUGAUUCACAAAGAAAGCAAUAUGAGGAAUGGCUGCAAGAAACACAACAACUUCUUCAAAUGCAGCAGAAGUACCUUGAGGAGCAAAUUGGAGCACACAGAAAAUCAAAAAAGGCACUCUCAGCAAAACAGCGUACAGCCAAGAAAGCUGGCCGUGAGUUCCCGGAAGAAGAUGCAGAACAGCUUAAACAUGUUACUGAGCAGCAGAGUAUGGUCCAAAAACAACUAGACCAGAUUCGAAAGCAGCAGAAAGAGCAUGCGGAACUGAUUGAGGAGUAUCGAAUCAAGCAGCAGCAGCAGCAGCAGCAGUGUGGAAUGGCACCCCAUGGUAUAAUGCCAGGCGUCCAGGCUCAACCACCAAUGGUUCCAGGAGGAGCAUCACCAGCAAUGAAUCAGCAAAACUUCCCCAUGGUGGCACAACAGCUCCAGCAUCAGCAACAUACAGUGGUAAUCCCCGGGCAAUCCAACCCUCCCAGAAUGCCAAAUUUAUCUGGGUGGCAAUCUGCAAAUGCCCCUGCAAGUCAUAUUUCCAUGAAUCCAGCAAGGAUGCAGCCUCCAAUGACACCGUUGCCAAUUACUCCCGGUACACCAGCUCCUGUGCCUGGUCCAAACGCAACUGCACAGUCGGGGCCACCCCCAAGGGUGGAGUUUGAGGACAAUAACCCUUUUAGCGAAAGUUUUCAAGAGCGGGAAAGAAAGGAGCGUUUACGAGAGCAACAGGAGCGGCAACGCAUUCAGCUUAUGCAGGAGGUCGAUCGACAGAGGGCUUUACAGCAGAGAAUGGAACUAGAACAGCACGGUAUGAUAGGGUCUGAAUUAAAUAACAAAACAUCCUUAUCUCAGAUACCUUUCUUUAAUUCUGAUCUACCUUGUGAUUUCAUACAAACUCCGCGACCUCUUCAGCAGUCGCCACAGCAUCAGCAGCAACAAAUGGGGCAAAUUCUGCAACAAGGCUCUGUGACCUCGCCUCCUGCCACAAAUUUUAUGCAGAGCGGUGAGCGAAGGCCAGUGGGACCCACAACUUUUGGACCUGAUGCAUCUGCUGUUCCAGGUGGAGCCCCUAACUUCCAUAAUGUAAAACAAACUCACGGGAACCUCCCUGGGGCUACCUUUACACAGAACCAAGUCAGGCCUCCGUUUGCUUCUGCCGUACCUUCCUCUGCAGUACUCAGUAGUGGUGCCCCGUGUGGUUCGGACACCAGCGUGCCCCAGGCAACGAACUUCCCUGGAUCAAGCCAGUCUCUCAUACAGCUGUAUUCUGACAUAAUCCCAGAAGAGAAAGGAAAAAAGAAAAGGACACGAAAAAAGAAAAAGGACGAUGAUGCUGAGUCAAUAAAAGCCCCGUCAACUCCACAUUCAGAUAUAACUGCCCCGUCAACUCCAACCAUUUCUGAUUCUACCUCCACCCCCACAGUUAACACCCCCAAUGAACUUUCACGUCAUCAAGAUGAACAAGAGUCAGUGGAGUUAACAGGCCCAUCGACAUCAAACACAGGAGAGAGCCAGACCUCUCCAGAGCUGGAAUGUAAGCUCCCCGACAGCAGUCUGCCACAGAAACAGCCGAGUGCAAGUACAGAGACUGAAAAGGCUAAAACAGAUACACCUACCAGCAUUCAAGAAGUUAAACUAGAAAAGGCAGAAACUGAUCAAUGCUCGGGUCAAGCUGAGCCUAAAGCAGAAAAUCCAAGCAGUAUUAAAGUGGAGGAGGAUAAGGUAACAUCGCAGCCUGCCUCUUCAGCUCAGAGUCCAGCACGACCAGCCAGCGUUCCAGCAGCGAAAGGGGAGUCAGGGAACGAAUUGCUGAAACACCUGCUUAAAAAUAAGAAGUCCUCAUCUCUUCUGAAUCAGAAAUCGGAGAACAGCGGCCGAACAGAAGAGGAGGCUUCUGGGGAUAAAAAGUUAGCAGAGAAGCAGAAUCCAGCUGAAGGAAUGCAAACUGCAGGAAACCAGAUGCAAGGUGCAUUUGGGUGUAGUAACAGCCAGCUUCAGAGAACAGAUGUAGGACCUGAAACCAAGAAACAGAGAAAUAAGCGAACUCAGAGGACAGGAGAGAAGGCAGCUCCUCGGUCCAAGAAAAGAAAAAAAGAGGAAGAGGAGAAACAAGCCAUUUACCCUAACGCUGAUACAUUCAUCCAGCUAAAACAGCAGCUUUCUCUUCUGCCUUUGAUGGAACCAAUAAUUGGAGUGAGCUUUGCACACUUUCUUCCCUAUGGCAGUGGCCAGCUAAAUGGUGGAAAUCGACUUGUGGGAAGUUUUGGUAGUGCUACUCUUGAUGGGGCUUCAGAUUACUACUCCCAGCUCAUUUACAAGCAGAACAAUCUGAGCAAUCCUCCGACGCCCCCAGCCUCUCUUCCUCCCACACCACCUCCGGUGGCAUGCCAGAAGUUGGUAAAUGGCUUCGCAACCACUGAGGAACUUGCUGGCAAGGCUGGUGUGAUAGGAGGUCAUGAUGUUACCAAAGCUCUGGGACCAAAGCAGUUCCAGUUGCCUUUCAGACCUCAAGAUGAUUUAUUAGCAAGAGCAAUGGCUCAGGGCCCUAAAACUGUGGAUGUUCCUGCUUCACUUCCCACACCACCUCACAACAAUCAGGAGGAGUUAAGGGUUCAAGAUCACUGCGAGGACAGGGACACUCCUGACAGCUUUGUUCCUUCUUCCUCUCCUGAAAGCGUGGUGGGAAUGGAAAUCAGUAGGUAUCCAGACUUGUCAGUUGUAAAGGAGGAGAACCCAGAACCCGUACCAUCUCCCAUCAUUCCCAUCCUACCUAGCAGUACUGGAAAAGGUUCAGAAGCCAAAAGGAAUUAUAUAAAAUCAGAACCUGGUUCAGGAGCAUUACCUGGCUCUGGCUUGUUUGCCUCUCAGCUUGGACCCUCCCAAAAUGGUCCUAAGUCUGGCCUCAUAUCUGUAGCAAUUACUUUACAUCCCACAGCUGCUGAGAACAUCAGUAGCGUUGUAGCGGCAUUCUCCAACCUGCUCCACGUCAGAAUUCCCAACAGUUACGAGGUUAGUAACGCUCCAGACGUCCCAUCCUCCAUGGCAACUGCCAGCAGUCACAGAGUGAACCCAUCUAUGGAGUACAGGCAUCACUUACUACUUCAGGGUCCUCAGGCAGGAUCCAUGGGACCUGCCAGGAUCGUAGGGUCUUAUGGACUAAAGCAACCUAAUGUGCCCUUUCCUGCGAACAGCAAUGGUAUAGCUGGCUAUAAGGAUCACAGUCAGAAUAUUGCAGAAGGCUCAGCAUUGAGACCUCGAUGGUGCUCUCACUGCAAAGUUGUGGUUCUUGGUAGUGGUGUGCGGAAGUCCUUCAAAGACCUGCCUUUCCUUAAACAGGAUUCCCAAGAAGGCUCUGAUAAAAUGAAGGACAUCGUAUUCUGUAGCAACAACUGCUUUGUUCUUUAUUCAGCAGCUGUGCAAGCAAAAAACUCGGAGAACAAAGAAGCAGUUCCAUCUCUGCCGCAGUCACCGAUGAAAGAGAGGCCGCCUAAAGCAUUCCAUCAGUACAGCAACAACAUCUCCACUUUGGACGUCCACUGUCUGCCUCAGCUGCAGGAAAAAGUUUCUCCGCCAUCAUCACCCCCCAUCAUGUUCCCCCCUGCGUUUGAAGCAGCCAAGGUAGAGGCAAAACCGGAUGAGCUUAAGGUAACGGUGAAACUAAAACCUCGAUUAAAAGCAAUACACAGUAGUCUUGAUGACUGUCGGCCUCCAAGUAAGAAAUGGAAAGGAAUGAAAUGGAAAAAGUGGAGCAUUCAGAUUGUGAUUCCUAAAGGAUCAUUCAAACCUCCUUGUGAAGAAGAAAUAGAUGAAUUUCUUAAAAAACUGGGCACAACCCUUAAACCAGAUCCUGUGCCUAAAGACUACAGGAAAUGUUGCUUCUGUCACGAGGAAGGUGAUGGAUUAACUGAUGGACCAGCAAGGCUUCUUAACCUGGAUUUAGACCUUUGGGUCCACUUGAACUGUGCUCUUUGGUCUACAGAAGUCUACGAGACACAAGCUGGUGCCUUAAUAAACGUGGAACUAGCACUGCGAAGAGGCUUGCAAAUGAAAUGCAUGUUUUGUCACAAAAUGGGUGCCACCAGCGGUUGUCACAGGUUAAGGUGCACCAAUAUUUAUCACUUUACCUGUGCCAUUAAAGCACAAUGCAUGUUUUUUAAAGACAAGACCAUGCUUUGCCCCAUGCACAAACCAAAGGGAACUCAUGAGCAAGAACUUAGUUACUUUGCAGUCUUCAGGAGGGUCUACGUUCAGCGCGAUGAAGUGCGGCAGAUCGCCAGCAUCGUUCAGCGAGGAGAACGUGACCACACUUUCCGUGUGGGAAGCCUGAUUUUCCACGCGGUCGGGCAGCUGCUGCCGCAGCAGAUGCAGGCCUUCCACUCCUCAAAAGCACUCUUCCCCGUGGGUUACGAGGCCAGCCGGUUGUACUGGAGCAUGAGAUACGCCAACAGGCGCUGUCGCUAUCUCUGUUCGAUCGAGGAGAAGGACGGGCUUCCGUUAUUUGUCAUCAAGGUUGUGGAGCAAGGCCACGAAGAUCUGGUCCUUACUGACACAACACCAAAAGGUGUGUGGGAUAAAAUCCUGGAGCCCGUUGCUUCUGUUAGAAAAGAGUCUGAAAUGCUCCAGCUGUUUCCCGGCUAUUUGAAGGGCGAAGACCUCUUUGGUUUGACAGUCUCUGCCGUGGCCAGGAUUGCCGAAUCGCUGCCAGGGGUUGAGGCCUGUGAGAACUACACUUUCCGCUAUGGCCGAAACCCCUUAAUGGAACUCCCUCUUGCCAUCAACCCCACGGGCUGUGCCCGUGCCGAGCCUAAAAUGAGUACCCAUGUCAAGAGGUUUGUGUUAAGGCCUCACACCUUGAAUAGCACCAGCACAUCGAAGUCAUUUCAGAGCACAGUUACGGGAGAGCUGAACGCGCCUUACAGUAAGCAGUUCGUCCAUUCCAAGUCCUCUCAGUACCGCAAAAUGAAAACUGAAUGGAAGUCCAACGUGUAUCUAGCUCGCUCUCGUAUCCAGGGCCUGGGCUUGUAUGCUGCUAGGGACAUUGAAAAGCACACUAUGGUCAUUGAGUAUAUCGGAACGAUUAUCCGGAAUGAGGUGGCAAACCGGAAGGAGAAGCUUUAUGAAUCGCAGAAUCGCGGCGUGUACAUGUUCCGCAUUGACAAUGACCACGUCAUCGAUGCUACCCUGACGGGCGGCCCUGCAAGGUACAUCAACCAUUCGUGUGCACCGAACUGCGUGGCUGAGGUGGUGACUUUUGAGAGAGGACACAAAAUUAUCAUCAGCUCCAGCAGGAGAAUCCAGAAAGGGGAGGAGCUUUGCUACGACUACAAGUUUGACUUUGAAGAUGACCAGCACAAGAUUCCAUGUCACUGUGGAGCUGUAAACUGCCGAAAGUGGAUGAACUAGAAUGCAUUCCUUGCUGUCUUUGAGGGUUGCUUGUCCCUAGGAAGAAGUGAUUCACACUUUUGAUUUUGUCGACGGAAAAUUGUUGCCUUUUGGAAGGGGAAAAAAAGAAAAAAAAAAAUCACUUCUGGAAGUACAGAUUUCUACUCGAGUAUUUAAAAAGAAAAAAAAAAAAACCAAAAAAAAGAAAAAAAAAAGCACCAAGCACCAGAAGCAAGCCGGCAAAAUCCGAAGCUAACUUUCCAGAGACGUGGAGGUUAAACUGAAGUAACAGAAUGGUCCAGCACUUUUGUUUUUGAGCUCACUGAGGAGAAACUGUUUAACUUGGGCAAAGAACCGAUGGCCGACCUGCGGGAGGGCAGGUGGGCAUCUAUGAAUGUAAGACUGAAAUCACCAGCGAAAGGGAGAAGUCCAAAGUGCUGGCCACAGCCUUAUUUGAUAAAGGGGCAGGCCCUCUAAUUAAAGAAAAAUUUUAAGUAAAAGUAGACACCACUGAACAAGGAAUGUACUGAAACGACUUCCUUAGGGAUAGAGCUAAGGGAAAAAAUAACUUGCACUAAAAUACAUUUAAAUACUUGAUUCCAUGAGUCAGUUUAUUGUAGUUUUUGAUUUCUGUAAAAUAAGAGAACCUUUUUGUAUUUAUUAUUGAAUAAGUGAAUGAAGCUAUUUUUAAAAAGAAAGUUAGAAGAAAGCCAAGCUGCUGCUGUUACCUGCAGAACUAACAAACUCUGUUACUUUGUACAAAAGUGUAAAUAUUUUGAGAAAAAAAAAAAAGACAGUAUAAAAAUAGUUAUUGACCAAAUGCUACCAGACUCUGCAGCAGUUCGGGUGCUUAUUAUCAGAUGUCAAUAGGGAUGUUACAAUAUGAUCUCGUGUAUUAACAGGCGUGUGGCUACACCUACGGCAUAACCAAAAUCUCAGUUUAAAGAGAGGGGUUUUAUGUUUAAAGCAGUCUCAACUGUGGUCUUACGAGAAAUUUUUUAAGCAAACCUUAAGCCUGGUAAGGGCAUGUAUAUUACAGCUCUGACUUUUGUAGAUGUUUGGGUAAUUUAGAUAUUAAUUUUAUUUGUAUUAUAUUGUUGCAUCCCUAUUUCUUAAGUCAGGUUUUUUUGUGCUUACAAUUUGUGAUAACUGUGAAUAACUGCUAAAACCACCCAAAAUAGAGGCUGGACAGUGUUUUUUCUUCAGCAAAAGUAGUCAAGAUUAGGUGACCGUUCAGCCUACAUGAAAUCAUGUAAACAGCAUAGAAUCAUGUAGUUGGAGCUUAAGUCUGAUAUGAUAGCCUUCGUAAAAGGAAAACGAGGAAAAAAAUUAGAUGUCAUGUGCUUGCAGCUGCAGGACUCUGGCAAUAGGGGUUUGGAAAAUGUAAUUUAAAGAUGUGUUUGUAUGGGUUGUUUUUGUUUACAUUUCUUUAAAAAAAAAAUAAACACUGUUUUGUGUUUGCUUGUAGAAAUUUAAUCAGCAUUUUGAACCAGGUUAGCUUUUUAUUUUGUACUUAAAAUUCUGGUACUGACACUUCACAGGCUAAAUAUAAAAAAAAAAAAUGAAGUUUUUUUUUUUGUGUGCACAAUUAAAGUGGACUGUAAACUGUUGGUAUAUUCAGUAAUACAGUUCUGAACUUGUAAUGUAUAUGGCAUGAUGUAUUUUUAUCUUACAGAAUAAAUCAAUUGUAUAUAUUUUUCUCUUGAUAAAUAGCUGUAUGAAAUUGUUUCUUGAAUAUUUUUCUUCUCUUGUACAAUAUUCCAACAUCCUACCAGUAUUUGUCCUACAGUUUUUUUCUGUUCUGUAUAAUAGUAUCUAAUGUUGGCAAAAAAAAUACAAAAACUACACAAAAAAAA